CCCGUCACCCGAAACUUUUCACGACGCUCUGUUAAAAGAAGGCCUAUGGAGCAAUUCCUUAAAUGGCCGCCUUGGACUCGUGAGUCACCCCAGUAGGACGACACGAGCACGAGCCCGAGACAUAUCUAACCUGGAUAAUGUGAAUAUAGUCAUUGCCGCACGAUAUGCAGAACCUUCUCAAGAUACCAGAGCGACCCUCGUGUCUCUCGCCAAAACAUUCAAAACGGCGAACUGGGCCAUCUUUAAGGAAGCGCAGAGAGACCUCAAGGCGCACAGCGAGGCAGGGCGGAAUGUGCACAGUUACUCUACGGAAUCGCCCAGUUACUUUACGGUAACGGACAUUAGUACACUCAUCGCCGUCAAUUUCAUCGCGCUCGAAGGCAUGGAGUCCGAGGUAACAGAAAGCGCGCUGAGGAAGCUGGCAGAAAUGCUAGAAGAUUGCUCGUAUCUCCGCAUCUGGAAGGCGGCUGUCAACUCCUUGCUGACCUACCAAGGAGAUUUAGGCCAAACGGUGAGAUGGAAAAUUGCUAAGCAGUAUGCACUCGAUGUGCUAGAGCAGCGGGAUGUGGCUGCGAGUCUCUUUGCUGGGGUGGAGGAUGAGUUGAGAGGUUGUGGAACGGCGUGGGAAGAAGUGUGCGACAGGAUACGCAGGAAAAUUCGUGCUCUGGAGAGAUUCACGGCUGUGUAUGAUGCACAACCUGCUGGUGCUUAUCCAGAUAAAGUGCUGGAGCCGGUGUAUGGUCUUGAGCUUCUUGAUGACAUGAAGCAACUUCGGAAAGGAGGUCUAGUUCGGUAUCCGGCCCGGGAUCAACACUCUACUAUGACACUAACAGGCAUCGUAUCCCUCUCCACACUCCUCGCCAUGAUCCCGCUCGGUUUUGCCUGGAGCCUUUCCUCACAGUCACCGGGCAGCACAGCCGACACCGACUUCUUCCUCCUGAUUCAAAACUCGAUUGUAACCGCCGUGGGGAUCGGGGUAACCCUAUUCCCCACUCUUGGAUGGCCGGACUCGCGGGCAAAGUGGUGGGGCCAGGUUUUCGGCGUUUUGGGGAUCUUUUGCGCCAUUGUUGCUGUACCUAUGUAUGUAAAGUUACCCAUCAUGUGGAGCGCCUUGGUGGCAUUUGCGGCCAUGGUGGUGCAGAUGUUCAUGGCGCUGCAGCUUGCGGUUGGGCCGGAUGGGGAAAAGGGGAACCUGAAAAGGGACUGAGGAGGUUGCCGUAGUGUUUGCAAUUUACCAUUUUCUUA